AUGGCCAAGGACGCUGAGCUCAAGGAGGAGAAGAAGAAGAAGCGCAAGUCGGACGUCGCCGACCUCGACGUCGAGGAGAAGAAGUCCAAGAAGGAGAAGCGCAAGUCGCUUGCCGCCGAGGAGGAGAAGGCUGAGUUCGAGGUCCCCCUCGACGCCAUCACGCCGAUCGCCGUCCCCCUCGCCAACAAGAAGCUGUCGAAGAAGCUCUUCAAGACUGUCAAGCGCGCUUCCAAGGCUCGCCAACUCAAGCGCGGUGUCAAGGAGGUCGUCAAGGCUCUCCGCAAGGGCGAGCAGGGCCUCCUCCUCCUCGCGGCCAACAUCACCCCCGUCGACGUUCUCUCCCACCUCCCCGUCCUCGCCGAGGAGACCAAGGGUGUCGAGUACUGCUGGGUCCUCAGCAAGGAGGAGCUCGGUGCCGCCUCGGGAACGAAGCGCGCCACCUCGUGUGUCCUCAUCUGCUCAGCACCGGCCAAGAACACCAAGGCCGACGAGACCGAGUGGAAGGAGGGCCUCAAGGAGUGCCUCGAGGAGGUCAAGAAGCUCGAGACCGCCCCGACGUACUAG